AUGCCGGUGUUUAUUGAAGCUUUCUCCUCGGUGUUUCAGUCCGGCGAAGAGAAUCCGGUCUUCUCAACCGUGUCGGACAACUUAGACGGGUUGAUUGAACCUGGUAGCAGUGUGACCACCCCAUGCUGCUUAGACUCUACCGACCUGUUUCCAGCCAUUGACGACUACUGGAAGAACGAGGACUCCCUAACAAUCCCGCCCCUCUAUGAAAGUGCCCAGUGGAUUCUGGACGCUCUGCGGAGACUCAUUGAUUCAGACGGCAACCCCAUGCAGGACAACUUCCGGCCUGCCCAACAAAUAAAAGGGAGAUACGUCAGGGCUUCCUUUAAAUAA